AUGGUCCGCCUCGAGACCGCCCGCGCUGCUAAUGACCGGCUCGUCUCCAAGCAUCCCCUCGUCGCUGUCUUCGUGGGAGCUACGACAGGAAUUGGCGAGUAUUCGCUACGAUGUCUUGCCGAAACAGCGUCCAAGGCGACUCAAGGUCGGGGCUUACGUAUCUACCUUGUGGGACGAAACGCAACCGCGGCGGACAAGAUCCUGGGAGACUGCCGCAAGCUCUGUCCAGAAGGAGAAUUCCAGUUCGUCAAAGGAGGCAAUCUUGCGCUUAUGCAGGAUGUGGAUGCGGCUUGUGAAGACAUCGAGAAGCGCGAGAGUGCAAAACCUGGAGCAAGAGUAGAUACCCUUGUUCAGUCGCAGGCGGUGCUCAAGCUGGAAGGUCCUCGUGAAGAAACGAAAGAAGGCCUCGAUUCCUCGAUGUCGCUGCUCUACUACUCCCGUGUGCGCUUCAUCACCAAACUGCUGCCCCUUCUCCGCGCCUCAAAAUUCCCACCCGGCGCCCGGUGCAUAUCAAUCUACGCAGGUGGCCUCGAAAAUAAAAAGCAGUUUUACCCUGCCGACUUCUCUCUACGACAACCAGAGCACUUCUCCUUCGCCAAAGUGCGGAGUCAAACCGUCUACAUGAAGACGCUGCUUUUCGAGAAGCUCGCCCAAGAGAACGAGGGAAAGCUUGCUUGCGUGCACAUGUACCCUGGUCUGGUCAUUACGCCGAACUUCUAUGCGGACAGUCAUCCUUGGUGGUUUAAACUGGUGUGGGUUUGUGUCGCGCCGCUGGCGAAGAUCUAUGCGACGAGCGCGGAGGAGAUUGGGCAGAGGGUGUUGUAUUUGGCUACGGAGCGGUAUCCUGCGCAGAGCCUGGGUGCAGACCGGAAAGACGUCGCCUCCAGCUCGAACGGGGUCCUUGGUGGUGGCGCGUAUUCGGUCAAGGCUGAUGGGGACACGAACGAUUUGUCGGCGGCGUAUGCUGGCUUUGACAAGGAGGAUAUGAGGGAGAAAGUAUGGGAUCAUACGAUGCAGGUCUUUCGGAAUGCUGAGAAUACGAAGUGA